AUGUCCGGCCCCGUUGCCGCCCUUCUAGGCCCCUCGCGGCCCCUUUGCGUCCCCGUUGCCGCCCUUCCAGGCCCCUCGCGUCCCCUUCGCGGCCCCGUCGCCGCCCCCUUCGCGGCCCGUUGCCGCCCUUCCAGGUCCCUCGCAGCCCCUAUCGGGCCCGUCAACGCCACCAGCGGCCCCGUCGCCGAUCCUAGCCUCCCCGUCGCCGCCGCCAGCGGCCCCGUCACCGCCGCCAGCGGCCCUGUCGCCGACCCUAGCAGCCGCGUCGCCGCUCCUAUCGGCCCUGUCGCCGCCGCCAGCGGCCCCGUCGUCGCCGCCAGUCGCCCUGUCGCCGCCUCCAGCGGCCGCGUCGCCGCCAUUUGCAGCCCCGGCGUCGCCCCGGCCAUGCCCCGUCGCCAGCCGCGGCGCACCAGGGGCACGUGCACCGCCCCCGCCCCCCCCCCUUUUCCCGUCGCAUGUCAAGGCAACCUGAGGGGCGACGUGGGGGAGGGUCUGGGGGUGGCGAGUAGGGGGUGA